AUGAGCGCAGUGCACCGCUCCGUCCGAACAUCGCUGCCUUGCCUCGCCCAACCGGCGCGACAGGUGGGUGGUCGACGUCUUGCCCUUGCCUCGUCACGCCAUUCACCACUAGCUACACGGCAGGCACCUGGCAUUCACGCCGCCUGUAUAGCGUGCUCUUCCAUGCCAAUUUCGACCCGAUCUCCCCCCACAAGCAUCAUAGCUAGACGUUAUGCGUCCAACUCGUCUGCUUUGCAAUCUGGCACCCACGCUAGCAAGACCAAAGCUUCCACCCCCAUCCAGCGAUACGAUCAACUCGUCCAAACCGGCGUGCUGCGCGACGACGCCCACCAGCGCAAAAUUAUAAAGGUACUCCAAUCGCUGCACGACCAACUCAAGACUUAUAAGCAGGCUGACGUACCAGAUCCUGAAGAGCACUUAGAAGCAUCCAAAGGCUUGUUCUCCUGGCUUCCAUUCGGCAAAGGGGCGAAUGCACAGGAGGUUCCUGCCAUCUCCGACGAGAUUCCCAAGGGUCUGUAUUUGUAUGGUGAUGUUGGAACUGGCAAGAGCAUGCUCAUGGACUUGUUUUAUGACACGCUUCCCAGCAACAUCACUUCCAAACGUCGGAUUCAUUUCCAUCAAUUCAUGAUCGAGGCGCACAAGCGGGCUCACUUUUACAAGUCGAAAACACACAAACCCUCGGGAAUCGUCAUGAUGAUGUCCUCCGGCUCGUCCUCUUCCGCUUCUUCUGCCGGGGGAGCGGCCAGCGCUGGAGAGGAAAGCGACGCGAUCGAAGCCGUGGCCCGCGAGAUGGCGCGCAAUCACUCCGUCCUAUGCUUCGACGAAUUCCAGGUAACCGACAUUGCCGACGCCAUGAUCCUGCGCGGGCUACUCGAACGAAUGCUUGCUUAUGGUGUUGUGAUGGUCAUGACUUCCAAUCGACACCCUGACGAGCUCUACAAAAAUGGGAUUCAACGACAAUCCUUCUUACCCUGCAUCGAUCUGCUCAAAUCUCGUCUUGGCGUUACCGAUCUCAACUCUGGCACUGAUUAUCGAAAAGUUCCCCGCGCUCUGUCCAAAGUGUACUUUUCGCCGUUGGAUGAUGCAAACACGCGAGAGUUUGACAAGCUCUUUGAUGCGAUGACGUCGGAUCCGCACGAUCCGGUGGUGGAGAAGCGACCGCUGAAGAUUUGGGGACGAACGCUCCAGGUUCCUCGCUCUACACAACGAGUGGCUCGAUUCACCUUUGAUGAGUUGUGCGGACGGCCCCGCUCGGCCGCCGACUACAUCGAAAUCUGCAACAAUUUUUCCACCAUCUUUAUCGACGACAUUCCCAAGAUGGGGCUGAACCAACGAGAUCUCGCACGAAGGUUCAUCACGUUUAUCGAUGCAGCGUACGAGAGUAAGACCAAGUUGCUUGCUUCGAGCGAAGUACCGAUCCUGCAAAUUUUCAGUGGCGACGCUGGCGAUGCCAAACCUACAGCGGACCAAAUGAGGGCGUUGAUGGACGAUCUCGGAUUGACCAUGGACGAUCUUGGAGGAUCACCCAUUUUCACCGGUGAUGAAGAGCUGUUUGCUUUCGCAAGAGUCAUUUCGAGACUCACAGAGAUGGGUUCCAGACAGUAUGCUGAGACUGCAAGCAUUGCCGGAACUGAGGCUCCUCCCGAGUAUUAG